UUUCUAAUUCUCUACCCCUUUUUGACAGCUCUGACCAAGGACAUAGACAAAAAUAAGUGAUUUCAAGAUUAUAAAGAGAUUAGGGUCAGGAGCGUUCAGUGACGUGUACAAAGUCAAGAAGAUUUCCAAAACUGAGGAUCCUUCAAAUUUUUAUGCUUUGAAGAAAGUUAAAUUAGACGAACUAGGUGACACUGAGAAGAAAAAUGCCUUGAACGAGAUCAGAAUACUGGCUUCUCUUGAACAUGAUAAUAUUAUUGCUUAUAAAGAUGCCUUUAUUGAUCAUAAAGAAAAUGUGCUUUACAUAGUCAUGGAAUACGCUGAGAAUGGAGACCUACAGAGUAUUAUGAAUAAAAAUAAGACUAGAAAUUUAUUAACCGAGGAAAAAAUAUGGAGCUACUCUAUCCAAAUGGUCAGAGGUCUCUAUGCACUCCACCAACAAGGAAUUGGCCACAGAGAUUUGAAACCUGCAAACGUGUUUAUUACGAAGGAUGGGGUCUUGAAGCUAGGAGAUAUGAAUGUUUCCAAAAUUGCCCAAUGAGGGUUGAUGAAAACACAAACAGGGACUCCUUAUUAUUGAGCUCCUGAGAUCUGGAAGGGACAAACUUAUGAUUUCAAAAGCGACAUCUGGAGUUUAGGAUGUGUAGUCUAUGAAAUGGCUAUGAAGAAACCUCCUUUUACUGCUCUCAAUAUGCAAGAAUUGUCUCGUAAGGCUUGCAAAGGAAUCUAUACGCCUGUGACGAAGACAUUUUCUGAAACUCUAAGAGACUUGAUAAAGAAGAUGCUGAAAGUUGCCCCAAAAGAUAGACUAUCAUCCUCUGAUAUUAUUGAAAUGCCAGAGCUAGAAACACAAAUGACUGAUACUUGUAAGAAUCUAGAUCCUGAGAGCAAGAACGAUGGAUUAUUAGGAACAAUUAAGAUGCCUUACAAGAUGCAAGAACUUAACAAAAGACUUCCUCGCCCAAAAUACUCAAGAGGAGGCCUAAAAAGAAUGAAUAGUGAGCCCUCCAGACUUCCUUCUGUUCACAGUAGAUCUAGAGCUGGGUCAGCCUCCUCUAGAAAUAACUGGGAAGUUGAGAAGCCUGAGACGAAUAGAUUUGUGCCAAAAAGCGUAGUCCACUCUAAAAAUAAGCAAGCAGAUUUUCAUUUAGUCAAGCAAAGAAGCCAAGGAGGAUACUUUAGAAGAGACAGCCUUGAGAGAAAAGCUUUACAGAGAGCAGCAAGCAACCUAGUAUCCAGAGGACAGAGGAGAUCUAUUGAUAUUCACAGAAGAAGUGAUUCUAAUAAUUCACGGAAAUAUGAAGAACAGAAAAGCAUCAUUCAAGCUUCUGUUGAGAAAAGACAGAUUGGAAUGCCUCCUAUUAACACAAAGUUACAACCAGGAAUCAAGAAUUACCAGUCCAGUAAGCCUCCGCUUGGGAUGAUGAGACCUCCUCUAAGAAAUAUGAACUUGAAUUCAAACAACAAUGGAGGUGGUUUUGCUAAUGCCAAGCCUCCUCAGCCUCAGAAAGGGAACUACCAGUUGGCAGGUUUUGCUAUUUCAAAUCCUCGUAAUAAUAGUCCAGGACUAUUCCGCUUCCAGUAGAAGCCCAUAUAUCCAGGAAGCAUUGGUAAUUAUGAUGAUAUUUCA